GUCAAUAAUGAUUACUAAAUUAAACUAGGCUAAGGUGCUACCUCCGACCGUAGCCCAAAUGUUCCUAUGACACUGGUAACGUUUCCGCGUUAAAUUGACAUGAAGAUCUGUUGGACCGGAUACGAUCCGGAGCAGAAUCGCAACCCUUAUUGGUCGUAGGUACAUAUUAUAAUUUUAAAUUAUAACAUCACAAGUAAUUCGUAAACCCGCGUCAAAUCGCUAGUCAAGAGCAGUUCUGGCUAUGAGUCAAAAGCAGUUCUCACCGGACGUUCCGAUAAAUAUAAAACUUUUUAUCAGACCAAUAGUAUGUUUUUUAUUCAAGUGGAGAUCACAGUAGUCCCAUAACCGUCUAAGUAGCAUCAUGGCUGAAGAUAGACCAGCCUCAAGAAGACAUUCAGAAAAAGAAUCACGAAAAAUAGAUGGUCCAGGCUGGCAUAGCAACGGCGGAGCAAUGAAGCCAGAUGAACCUGAAGAUCCAGCAAUAGACCUUGAUUGGGUGCUUAUUAAUGAGCUGGGACAGUUUGGGCGGUUCCAAAUUAUUAAUGUUAUCCUAUUAGUGUUUCCCAUAAUCUCUCAUGCGUUUUUGAGCGAAUACGUAUUUUCCGCGUCUGCUAUUCCGCAUAGGUGUCAGAUUCCUGAAUGCGGAGAGACUGAGGGAUCAAACUACGAAUUGUUCCCAGAGUGGAUAUUAAACGCUGUUCCCAACAGCAACGGACAACCAGACAGUUGUUCACGCUAUGCGCCGUCUGGUAAUGGCUCGCUGGAGUACUGUCCGGCUACCAUUUUCAAUCAGGCCGUUACGCAAGAGUGCGAUGGAUUCGUGUACGAGAGAACCAAUUCAGUCGUGUAUGAGUUUGAUCUCGGCUGCCAAGAGUGGAUGCGUGCGCUGGCUGGAACAUUGAGCAGCAUUGGCACCCUACUUGUUCUCCCAAUCACAGGGUACAUAUCCGACAAAUAUGGGAGACGUAUUGCUCUCUGCAUCAACGUAUUUAACCUGGCACUCUUCGGUCUUAUCAGAGCGUUCUCUGUCAACUAUCCCAUGUAUCUGGUGCUUCAGAUUGUGCAGACAACUUUUGGGGCCGGCACAUAUAGCGCCGCUUUUAUUUUGGGGGCUGAACUGGUCGGCCCUAAAUACCGAGUGCUGACAGGCUCAACAUGCUUAUCGACCUUCGCUGUGGGCCACAUCACCAUGGCCGGAUUAGCCUGGCUCGUGCAGCCAUGGCGCUAUUUCAUCAUGACACUAUACAUUCCCUGCUUUCUAAUGAUCGUUUAUUAUUGGUGCAUUUCGGAAAGUGUUAGGUGGCUUCUUUCUAAAGAAAGGUUCGACGAAGCUAAAGUUAUUUUGGAGAAAGUGGCAAGAGUAAAUAAAACGAAGAUCACUGAGAAAUCUAUGCAGGCGCUGUUGACGCCUGCGCACGUGAAGGAGAAUCAGAUAGACAACUCCGAUGGCUUGGUUUAUACCAUUUUCAAAUCACCAAUACUGCUUCGACGUGUCUGCACUACACCAAUCUGGUGGAUCGCAACCACAUUUGUCUACUAUGGGCUAUCCAUCAACUCCACUGGGCUUCCGGGCAAUAUGUACGUGAACUACAUGCUGGUAUCUGCCGUGGAGAUUCCUGCCAUUUAUACGGCUGUCCUGUUGCUGGAUCGUGUUGGCAGAAAGGCUGUUCUUACAACUGGGUUCUUGCUCAGCGCUGCUUGCAACCUUGCGUUCGCUUUUAUUGAUAAUAAUGAACUAGUGACAUUGGGUCUUAUACUGUUUCUGUUCGGCAAAUUUGGAAUCUCGGCAGUGUUCACGUCUCUUUACAUUUACACCUCUGAGCUGUACCCAACACAGUUCCGUCACACACUUUUGGGAUUCUCUUCAAUGGUCGGACGUAUUGGCUCCAUCACUGCCCCGCUUACUCCUGCUUUGGCGGUAUACUGGGCCGGGAUCCCAUCGGUGAUGUUCGGCGCCAUGGGUCUAUUGGCCGGCGUGCUGGUCCUCACACAGCCGGAGACCCUGGGCUGCAAGAUGCCGGACACCCUGGCUGAGGCAGAGGCUAUCGGCAGACAAAAGAAGAAGACAGUCAUGACUGCUCUCUAGAUUUAAAACACCUUCCGUACAGCGAAACAGUGUAUACCCAUAGCCAAACAUUCAAAUAGAAAUUAAGGCUCACGUAGCGUAUCUACGGCAUCGAUUCGAGAAUAAGCCUUAGGAAUAAGCAUUAAGUACCUAUGUAAUUUUUUGACGUAACAUAAUUGAGGUUAUUUCUUUGAGGAAGUGUGCAUGUAUGAUUAAGAAGAAGAAAUCUGGAAGUUAUCUUUUUCAGACUAUUUGUUACUGUCGUAAUCAUUUCAAUUAUUUGUGGAAAGAUUAUGGUGUGUA